GGUCCCACCUCCAGCAGCCUCUCCCAUUGCUCCUCCUCACCUCUGUCCUCCUGGACUGUCCCAGCUCCUACCUUUCCUACCGCUCACCUUUUUCCCCUUUAGGGCCUGAGUAAGGGCAGCGGGGGUGGGUAGAGCUGGGGCUUCGGGCACCUCAGACGGAGACUUUGGGCCCUCUCCCACGCUGCCAACCCUCUGGUAACCCCUCCCUCCAUCUGGGGGGAGGGGGGACAGCACCCGGAGGGUUAAGGCUGUAGGGGGAGGGGCUGGGCCAAGUCGUGGGCGGCCCCUUUGAAGGAGGGAGCUGGAGCGGGGAACAGCCACCCUACCUCCCCCCCAGCCCGGCCCUCCCCCACCCUCCCAACCUGCUCCCCCCCAGGGGCCAAGAAGAGUUGCCGGCAAGGCCCCUCGGCGGCGUUCAGGAGAAGAUGGGGAGUCCUGAGGACGACCUGAUCGGGAUUCCAUUCCCAGACCACAGCAGCGAGCUCCUGAGCUGCCUCAAUGAGCAGCGCCAGCUGGGCCACCUAUGUGACCUCACAAUCCGGACGCAGGGCCUUGAAUACCGCACCCACCGGGCUGUGCUGGCUGCCUGCAGCCACUACUUCAAGAAGCUCUUCACCGAGGGCGGUGGGGGGGCUGUCAUGGGUUCUGGGGGCGGCGGGACAGCCCCUGGGGGAGCAGGGGGCGGCGUGUGUGAGCUGGACUUUGUGGGGCCAGAGGCACUGGGUGCCCUGCUCGAGUUUGCCUACACAGCCACACUGACCACCAGCAGCGCCAACAUGCCGGCCGUGCUCCAGGCCGCCCGGCUGCUGGAGAUCCCCUGUGUCAUCGCUGCCUGCAUGGAGAUCCUGCAGGGCAGCGGACUGGAAGCUCCCAGCCCCGACGAGGACGACUGUGAGCGAGCUCGUCAGUACCUGGAGGCCUUCGCAACAGCCACAGCCUCCGCCUCGGCCGCAGGAGUUCCCAACGGAGAAGAGAGCCCCCUGCAGGUGCCCCCGCCACCACCACCACCGCCGGCUCGGCCUGUUGCCCGCCGCAGCCGCAAGCCCCGGAAAGCUUUCCUGCAGACCAAGGGAGCCCGGGCGAACCACCUCGUGCCCGACGUGCCCAUGGUGCCCGCCCAUCCCUUGACCUACGAGGAGGAGGAAGAGGCGGCGGGCCGCAUGGGCAGCAGUGGGGGCAGCGGGCUAGGGGACAGCUACAGCCCUCCCACAGGGACUGCCUCUCCCCCUGAGGGGCCCCUGAACUAUGAGGCCUAUGAGGGUGAGGAAGAAGAGGAGGAGCUGGUCUACCCCCAGGCCUAUGGGCUGACGCAGGGCGGCGGACCCCCGCUGUCUCCAGAGGAGCUGGGCUCAGAUGAGGACGCCAUCGAUCCUGACCUGAUGGCCUACCUGAGUUCCCUGCACCAGGACGCCCUGGCGCCAGGCCUGGACGGCCAGGACAAGCUAGUGCGCAAACGCCGCUCCCAGAUGCCCCAGGAGUGCCCGGUCUGCCACAAGAUCAUCCACGGGGCGGGCAAGCUGCCACGCCACAUGAGGACCCAUACGGGUGAGAAGCCCUUUGCCUGUGAAGUGUGCGGCGUCCGUUUCACCCGGAAUGACAAGCUGAAGAUCCACAUGCGGAAGCACACAGGAGAGCGCCCCUACUCCUGCCCGCACUGCCCAGCCCGCUUCCUGCACAGCUACGACCUCAAGAACCACAUGCACCUGCACACAGGGGACCGGCCCUAUGAGUGCCACCUGUGCCACAAGGCUUUCGCCAAGGAGGACCACCUGCAGCGCCACCUCAAGGGCCAGAACUGCCUGGAGGUGCGCACCCGGCGGCGCCGCAAGGACGAUGCGCCCCCUCACUACCCCCCACCCUCUGCGGCCACCCCGUCCCCUGCUGGCCUCGAUCUCUCCAAUGGCCACCUGGACAACUUCCGCCUCUCUCUGGCUCGAUUCUGGGAGCAGUCAGCCCCUACCGGGCCCCCGGUCUCCACCCCAGGGCCCCCUGAUGACGAUGAGGAGGAAGGGGCACCCGCCACACCUCAGGCCGAAGGUGCCAUGGAGUCCUCUUAAAGAGGGACCAGUGGCUGAGCUGGAGCAGCACCGGGCCGGGGACGCCCAUGCCAAGCAGUGGGAGUGUGUAGCACAGAAGGUGCUGGGGGACCGGGGCAUUGAGCCUCCCUGGCAUUGGAAAUAGGCCCCUUGCCCCAGAACCCUCAUUCCAGUUCCAAGCUGAGAAGGUGUGGGGGCAGAGACUCCCCAGAUUGGGGUGCUCUCCCAAGGAGUGAAACAUAUGACAUGUAUAUAUUUACAGCUCUAUUGUAAAGGUGGGGUCCCUGUCCCCAGCUGCUCCUGGGGAGUAGAAGCAAUAAUGUAUUUCUGAUUUGUGGGGUCCCUCUUCGGCUAUGCGGGUUUCUAGGGGGUGGGGGGCUUGGGACCAAAGCCUCGCCCCGCCCCCACGCCCCUUGGGGUUUUGGCUGUGUAAGGGGCUGAAGGACUGCCCCUCCCUUUCAAGACCCCUCCUUCCUGGUUUCUGUUCCCUUUUCCUGGCAGUGAAUUAUGCAAAGGGGGGCGGCAAAGGAAGGGUAAGUGGGGGGAAAGCAAGGUAGAAGCUUGAAAGACUGGGGGACUGGGCCUGUAAGGAAGGAGCCAUCCUAGUCCCCCUCCGCCCUGCUCCCGGCGCUGA